AUGAGUCUCGAGCUAAAUUAUGAAAGCAUCGCGGCUCACAUCAAAGAUUAUAUUGAUGGCGAUAAGUUCUUUAAUACGUUUGAAACGCAAGAUAUCGAAAAAAUCCUGAAAAUCUCUCAAUUGUCAGCAAAUGAUUUCAUUACCCUUCUCAAGCAAUCGCGCUCUACAAUCAACGCAAACAAAUUAUACGAAUGUACUCGUGCUACAAAUGUUUCUGUACAAAAUCUCGAAGAAGUCGUUGCAAUUCUGAAAUCAGUCAAGAAAUACAUGAAACUUAGAAUUUUUGAUGGUAUUAUUGAUGUUUUAAUACAAAUACAAAAUGACAUUUCUGAUUCAACAGAGAAAAGCCAUAAAAUCACAAAAAAGUGA